AUGGCUCCUCCCAAGAAGGGUCCCUUUAGUGGGCGUCAUUUUGUACCUGUAUCUUCAAACGUAGAUAAUCAUUUUGAUAAAUACUUUGUCUUGAAACGUAUUUCCGAAAAAAACGAAACAUUUGAAAGCGUGUCGCCAUUUUUGGUGCAGAAAGCGAUCGCAGCAACAGUAGGUGAUGUAACAUCUAUUCGCAAGAUGCGUUCUGGUGACUUGCUGGUAGAGGUUAAUUCUCGUAAGCAAGCUCACCAAAUUCAAAAAUUAAAAGCCUUGUCAACAGUUCCUGUCAGUGUCAGCCCCCAUCACUCAUUAAAUAUAUCGAAGGGUGUUAUCACUUGUGGGGAAAUAUUUAAUCUCCCUGUAGAUUUAAUUACAGCUGAAAUGAAAUCCCAAGGUGUCACACAUGUACAACGCAUUACUAUCCGACGAGAUGGUAAUGUUCUAGAAACCAAACAUCAUAUUCUGACUUUCAAAUCACCAAAAUUACCAGAAUUUGUCUAUGCAGGGUAUAUAAAAUUGCCUGUCAGACCAUACAUUCCCAAUCCUUUAAGAUGUUUUAAUUGUCAGCGUUAUGGACACUCUAAAGCAAAUUGCCGCGGGACACUCACUUGUGCCCGUUGUGCUGCUAAAGACCACGAUAGCCAGCAAUGUUCUGCACCCGAAAAGUGCGUGAACUGUGGCGGCAGUCAUGCGUCAUACUCUAGAUUAUGCGAACGUUGGCAACUUGAAAAGAAAAUAAUAACUCUUAAAAUCAAAGAAAACAUUUCGUAUCCUGAAGCUAGGCGAAAACUUUCACCACAAACGCCUACUCCUGGUCUGAGCUAUGCAUCUGCUCUGCAAAAAUCCUUUUGUGUAAAUUGUUUGUGUCCAAAUUGUACAAAAACUACCAAUCGCUCAAAAAUAACUAAAAAGACAUCCGAUUCUGAUACAGAACAAUCUGUAAACAGCACAUCUGACACUGGCAUACCAACUAAACCUAUUUCAAAAAAUAAGUUACAAAAAUCACUGAAGCUAAAACUUGCAAAGCGUGGUCAAACGCAGAAAGAACUAUCUGCGAAAUUGAAAAAAUCAUCUUCUAAAAAUUCUGUCGCAUUAGGACUUGCAGCUCGGGGAAAAGCCCACAAGGAUUUAACAUCCGUAUUUGGUGGCAUAUUAAAUACUCCCGAUCUGAAACUGCAUCCUUCAGAGGAUAAAAAUGAAUUUGAAAUGAGUUGCGAUGUUUCUGCAACUCCGUUUGUUGCUCCUAAUAAUUCUUUUAAGCAUCUCUCUUAA